CACAUUCUGCUGCAGUGAAAUGCCUGAUUAUCUGGAAUUACCCCGCUGCCUCUGGGACAGGAGAAGCUGCACCCACUGGACAGCCAGGGCUGCACAAAGAGGGGCUGGGAUGUGGUCCCAUCCCAGGAGCUGCGGGACACCGAGGGAGAAGGAUACACACUCAGCUUCAGGGUUGAUCCUGCAAACAACAAAGCAACAGGCACAUCCAGAGUGCUGGGAAGGAGACCCUGGCUCUUGUGCCAUCCCAGGCUGGGCUCCACCAGCCGGGUGGGAGCAAUCCCCAGGGCUGCAGCUGCUGCAGAGCCUCUGCCAGGAGGCUGGGGCCUCUGACAGCCCCUUAGGGAAAGUCUCUUCUCUUUCUCCACAGACAUGGCUUCGCAGCAGGACACACAAGAGAGGGAUGCAAAGGCACAGCUCCUGGCAGAGGAAUUAGAGAAGGAAGGACUGGAUGCUGGAUACUGGCUGCCCAAGAUGAUGCAGAUCCUGGGAAUCAAGAGCAGAGAAGCCCUGCAACAUCUGGAAUAUGAAGAUUACCUUCAGUUGGAGUGUGAAGUACAGCACCCCUGGGAGAAAACAGCACUACAGGAACUCCUGAAAAUAAGAGACAAAGUGUCCUCCAUCAAUGUGGAAUGGAUCUUCCAGACUGAGCACCCACUUCCGAAAUCUCCUAAAGUCUCUGAGCUUGAAGAGCUCAUCAAAACCCUGCAGCAAAUGAAGGAGUACAUCCAUGCUGUCAUCUAUGAACCAGGAAGCUCUGCUUCUGCCAUUCAUGUAGCAAAGAAAAAAGCCACCCUGACCAGCAGCCUCGCCAUUUAUUCCUUACUCCAGUCUCUCCAGGAAUGGGCUCAGAAGGAGAUGGAACUGUUGGUGCUCUUGAUUGCAACCAGCACAGGAUACCAGGUGGAAAGCAGCACUUUCCAGCACCUCCUUGGACACCCAGAAAUUCAGUACAUGGCCAAGGAAAUGGAAGAGGCACAUGAGGAGUACGUGAACCUGAAGGAGCAAGAUGCCGACAGAGCUGAGGCCUCCCUUCUGCUGACGGGUCUGACUGUGACACCAGAAAGUCAAGAGCUGUCCCCUGAGCAGAAGAGGGAGCGUUUAGUUUUCAUGGAAGAUCACAUGAAAGGCUCGUGGUCCACACAGAUAAAAAAUCUCCUUCAAAAGCACAGAGGAGAUGAAGACUGGGAGAGGCUGGAACGGGACUUGAAUUCCUUGAUCAGUGGGUGCUUGGAUGACAAAUGGGAUCAACAGAAGAUGGAGAACAUACUGAGAGACCUGGAAGACACUUUUGCAACACCUGAGCCACCCAGUCAGUCCCAAGACAAGUCAGACAGAAGCCAAUCCAAAGCAAAUGAAGCCAUUGCAAACUCGGAGUUCCUCCAUUUGCUCAAGCGCCUUGGGCUUGAAAGUCACUAUCCAAGAAAAAUGGGUUUGGGAGAUUUCCACACCAUAAACAAAACAUCUCUGCAGGACAGCCAGCCCAGCAAGGACACAGAACUGCCAGGUUACUUCUUGCAAAGGCUGUUAACUGUGGAUUACAGGGUCAAGUACCUGAGUUGCAGGGAUGAGAGCAACCCAAAACUGUCAACCCUGCCACAAACCACAGUGGAAGAGCACCAGCACUCAGACUUCUUUGAAAAGAUUUUUGAUGUUUUGGAGGAAGCAGCCCCUGAACGUGGAGGCAGGGAUGGCCAUGUGCACCCCAUGGACCUGCAGAUGGCCAUUUUCCAUUGUGCUGAUGACUUCCUGAGACAGACCCUUGCAACCAAGCUGGCGUUCUGCCAACUGGCCCUGCCUCUGCUGGUGCCCAACCCGUGCACUUCACGCAUUGAGUUCCCACUCUACACCCUCAGCCAAAUCCAAAGGAGCUGGAAAGAGGUGGAGAAGUCAGGAAAGCAGGCUGGAAAAAAGAGUUACAACAACAAACUCAUCUUUCAGGCACAGACACCCAUCGUGUCCUUCUUCCGCAUUGGCAGCUCGGCCUCCUCUUCCAAGUCUCAGCUCCUGAACGCUCUGCUGAGCAGACGCAAACACGACACUUUCUUCCACCGCCACUGCAGAGGCAGCACCAGGGAGUGUUUGCUGAUGGAAGGGGUGGUGGAGAUCGCCUGGUACUGCCCGCGUGGAAGCCCCGAUGACACCUUUGAGUGCUGUGUGGCUUUCUGUAACCUGCAUGGAGACACCAGGGAUCACGGAGCACAGCUGCAGUUCCUGCAGGAGAUAUCUGCUGUCAACGUGGCUCUUGUGUCCGAUUUAAAGCACAUGGACAGCAGGGGGAAAGAACUUUUGCAGGGCCUAUUGCAGUCAGAAAGGCCUUUGAUUUGUCUUCUCACAGAAAAAGAGAACAUUGCAGCUGGCAGUCACAGCAAAAACAUAAAAAUAGGGAUCAAGAACAGAAAUGAAGCAGAACUGAUAGUACAGUUGACCAACAUUAUCAGGGAACUCCUAGAGGGGCCUAAUCUAUGUUUCAGCCUGGAUGCCUGCAUGGACAAAGCUCGCCAGCAUGGAUUCGUAGUGGAUGCAGAUCAGCCGGCAUGUGUGAUAGCCAAAGCAAAGGCAAAGGAGCUGGUGGACCUUCUGAAGAAAGAGAAGCUGUCUGAGAUCAAAUCCCAGCUGCUGCCGCUUCAAGGAAAACUGUGGAACCAGUGGUGCAAAAAGGACAAAGAACUCACUCGCUUGCAGGAGAAGAGGAACAAGAGCAUUGAGCACCAUCGCAGCCAAAUUGAAAAUGAGAAGAAAGCACUAAGAAGAAAGCAACUGGAGCAAGCUUUCCCUCUCAACUCACUGAUGAAAUCAUUCCUUGGCUUUCUCCAGACCCAGCCAGCAGAUACCAAGAAAUACUUCCUGCGGUGGAUGAAGGUCUUGAUGGAUGAGCUGUCCUGCGGUCCCCUUGAAGAACUGAGGAGAGACUAUCACAACUUGUGGUCAGAAAUCCAGGCAGGAAAGAAAAGCCAGGAAAAAAACAGGGUGAAUGUUGAGUUGCUGAGUCGCUUGGAUGCCCUCUCUGAUGAAAUCAAUGAUUCAUCCAUUGGUCUGGAGCACCUUCUGAGAGAGGCAGGGCAGAUUUAUGAAGCUCUGGAACUAAUGAACUGCAAAACUGAGAGUUUUGUCAAACUGCCAGAAAUCGCAGCAGAGCUGAUGGUUUCAGGAUAUCCCGUGGAGCUGAUGGAUGGGGAUGCUUCUUACCUGCCCUUGCGCUGGGUGGGAGCAAUCUUUGACAGCUUAAUUGAGAGGCUGGGGGACAAACGAGUGUUUGUGCUCUCUGUGCUCGGCAUCCAGAGCACGGGCAAGUCCACCCUGCUGAAUGCCAUGUUUGGUCUGCAGUUCAACGUCAGCGCAGGGAGAUGCACCCGCGGAGCCUUUAUGCAGCUCAUCCCAGUGGGCGAGGAGCUGCAGCAAGACCUGGGCUUUGAUUUUGUGCUGGUGGUGGACACAGAGGGACUUCGUGCUACCAAGAUGGGCAAUAAACAGUCCCUGAGCCAUGACAACGAGCUGGCCACCUUUGUCAUUGGUGUUGGCAACAUGACUGUGAUCAAUAUCUUUGGAGAAAACCCGUCCGAAAUGCAAGACAUUCUCCAGAUCGCUGUGCAGGCUUUCCUGAGGAUGAAGAAAGUCAAUCUUUCCCCAAGCUGCCUCUUUGUCCACCAAAACGUGGGAGAAGCAACUGCCAAGGAGCGGAACAUGGAAGGACAAAGGCGUUUUCAGGAAAAGCUGGAUGAAAUGACCGUGGUAGCAGCUCAGCAGGAAUUCUGUGACAUCUCCUCCUUCAGCGAUGUCAUUGGCUUUGAUGUGAACACCCACAUUCACUACUUUGCUCACCUGUGGGAAGGAAACCCCCCCAUGGCACCACCCAACCCCACCUACAGCCAGAACGUCCAGCAACUCAAGAGCAAAAUCUUCCAGGCUGCCAAGGAGCAGCGCAGCAUUUUGAAGCUGUCGAGCCUGAAAGAUCGUAUUGGUGACCUCUGGAAUGCUUUGCUGAAUGAAAACUUUGUUUUCAGCUUCAAGAAUUCCCUGGAGAUUGCUGCCUACAGGAAACUGGAAAGUGCCUUUAGUCAAUGGGCCUGGAGGCUGAGGAGUCACAUCUUAGACGUACAGAUGAGACUGGUCAACAAAAUUCGAAAUGGGGACUUGCAGAAUGUCCCCCGAGAAGAGCUUGAAGGGUGGGUGAAAGAGACAAGUGAUGCCAUUGAGAAAGAAGUGGAAAAGUAUUUCAGGGAAGAGAAAGACUGUGAGACACUGGUGCAGUGGCAAUCAAGCACAGAGCUGAAGCUGAAAGAACUAAAAGAGACUCUUCUUCUUGAAACAAAAAAGAAAUGUGAGACUCUUAUUGAGCUACAGAAGGAGCAGAGGAAACUGGAUGCAAGGAAGUUGGAAUAUGAAGAUGAGCUCCUGAGAAGGAGUAGGGAGCUGGCUGUGACUCUGAGGGGGAAGAGCCUCAGUGAGGGAGAACUAGAGGAAGAGUUUACUCUUGUCUGGAACAACUGGAUUGCCGAAGUCCCCCAUGCUUCUCCUCCUCUCGAAGAGGUGGAUAUUGAUAGAGAUAUUGAAGACGUCCUUCUAGAGCACAUUAAGGAGCCAGGUUUCCAUGAACGGAUCAGGUCAUAUCCCAAAGAGAGAGGAUUUUCUUUUGACAAAGAGAAACAUGUCAUGAAAAAAAAGAAUUUAGGCUUUAUCCCAGAUGCCAGGACCAUUUCCAGUGCUGAUGAGAUCAACUUUCAGCACAUCACAGAAAAUAUCAUUGCGAGUGUGAGGGCAAACAUUGAUGAGAAGGAAGAGGAGAAAUGUGAUUACAGUCGAAGUUUUAUUCAUGAAAUACUCAAUGAAGUACAGAAAGGUGUGAACGCUGUCCCCAGCAAUGCAAGAUGUGCUUUUAACAGAGACUACAGCAUAGAUUUGUCUCUGUAUCUCUGCAAAAAGGCAGCAGAAAGGUUUAAAGCUAUGCAUGAAGCAUUCCAAAAGGCAAAUGACCCAGCUGAGUACCUGAGCAGCAAAAGAGAAUAUUUCUUCCAAUGUUUCCUGAUUUCCUGCCAAAGAUCCACUUGGAUCACAUCUUUUGCUGGUUUCCUUUGUGACAAGAUUGAACCAGCUCUUCACCGGGCAGUCUAUGAGAGCACAGCUAAAGACAUUGCUACAGAAAUGCAGGGCAAAUUCCCAGAUUUCCAGGGCAACAGAGCCAAUCUGGAAGUUUCCAUCCUGAGAUACCUGGCAGAACAAGAAAAUUUUGAGGAUUUCAGAUGUUACCUUAUGUGUCCAGAGGAUUUUUUUCACAAAUACAUUGCUAUACAAGUUCAGAGUUACUGUUCAGAUGAGAGCAAGAGGCUGGAGAGGUUUUUGGAUUCCUCCCUUCAUCUUCUCUAUGGAAACAUCCUGUCAGCUGUUUCUUUAUCAACCCAAAUUGUCAAAGACAGAAAAGACAGAGAAGACAAAGUCUCUCUUUGGCUGGAUGAGUUUUGCAGGGAACUGACAGAGGUGAUCAGCUUGCCCAGAAGUGACCUGAAGGGCCUUGAGCACCAGGAGGUCACAGACAUUGAGUUCCUGAGCAGUGCCGUGGUAGAAAAUCUGGCUGCCCUGAGGGACAGACUCAAGAAAGAAUUUGCUGAUGCUGACCUGAGCUCAUUUUCAAGACAGCCUCACACCAUCCUGGCAGAGCAUUUUUCAGGGUGCUGGGAACAGUGUCCCUUUUGUGGGGCUGUCUGCACAAACACCAUGCAGGGACAUGAUGGGGACCAUCAGCGGGUCUUCCAUCGCCCACGAGCUUUUGUGGGAGCCAAGUGGCGUAAGACAGACCACCUGGUCAUUGAUAUUUGUUCCAGCCUUGUUGCAAGUGAUGGCUUCUUCAAAGUUGCUGACAGUAAAUAUAUCCCCUACAAGACAUACCGUGAUGCUGGAACCCAUUUUUCCAGUUGGAGCAUUCUUCCUGAUUCCUCCAUGCAGGCAUACUGGAAAUGGUUUGUGUCUCAUUUCAGGACACAGCUGGAAGCUUUGUACAAUGGGAAAUUUCAGGGCAAAGGAGAAAUCCCUGAGGCGUGGCAGAGAAUUUCCAAGGAGGAAGCAUUGUCUGAGCUGGACAGGCGUUAGGUGACAUCCAUGGGAAGGAAGAACCACAGCAGCUUUGCAGCUUAGGAGAGCUUUGUACCAGGCUCUCCACAAAAUGCCGUUCUGAUGAUGAUGCUUUCAAGCCCAACGAAGACAAUGGUAUCCAAUUGCUCCCAAAUUUGGUAAAAUAAGGCACAUUACUGUGCCUGUCACUCAGCAACUCCCUCGCUUCAUGAUUGUUGGGCAUUAGAUAUGAUUAUUUUUUUACUUAUAGAAUUUUCCCCUAUAAUUUGCUAGGAAACGAACUACUGUCUACUUGUAGGUACUUAAGCAGAACAAUGGGGCCAAAGGAGAGGAGAUGUAGCACUGGGUGAUAGGGGUUUUUUUGGGUCUCAGGAGUUUCUCGGGCUGGGGCAGCUGCUUGCUUUUGCUCUCAGCUUUUCAGAGGGAGGACGGCCAGGCUGCUGCUUGGGGAAAAGAACUUGCUCCUGCUACAGAGGUCCAGCUUGGUCCUGUUUCUUCUGGUGUGAGGUGAGCCUCUGCUCCUGGGAGCAGCUACUGAACUGGGACCAUGUCAUCUUCUGCCUCACUAAAAGAGGGGCCUGUUGUCCCACGCCCAUGCUGCUUCUUGGGCACUGCUGAGUCUUUGUCACUGCUCUGUGGCCUGCACCCCCUACGUGCCAACACCUCCCGCGUCUUCAGCCACAGCUCUGGAGUUCCUGAUCCAGCUCUUCCAUCCCUUCCCGUCUGGGACAAAGCCGCCAUAACCGCGUGCUCCCCGAGCCAGUGCCACAGCGCCCCCUGCAGCUGCGGAGGGAUCAUCGCACCUGCCCUGCCCACUGGGUGCCACCAGCGUCCCUGCCGGCUGUGACCAGAACUGCACCGAAAAGGAAAGUGCCUGUGGUCAGGGAAGCUGGUACUGGGUUCCUGGAUCUAUUUAUUAUUAAUGCUGUAGUUGUUGGUUGUUUGCAUUGUUGGACAUACUAGUAAAGAACUGGUAUUCCUACCGCCAUCGCUUUGCCUGGGAGCCCUCUUCAAUUUCAAAAUUAUAACAAUUCGGAGGGAGGGGGUUUGCAUUCUCCAUUCCAAGGGAGGCCCUGUCCUGCCAAGCAGACACCUGUCUUUCAAACAAAGACAAUGAUAAAACCAGAAUCAUCUUGCCCAUAAACAUUCCCCUCUGCUUUGUCCUAGAGCCAAUCCAAUGCCUCCAUCUUGAGGCGAUUGGCCUCAUGGCCAAGCCCAAGCCCAAGGGCCAGGGCAAGGGCAAAGGCAGCACUCCAAGCACCCCUUGCAUCAGCUGCUGUGAGACAAGAAGGGACAGUGCCCCAAAGGCAGUUUAUCCUGCAGCAAGGAGGUGUCCUGCUCAGACAAAGAGCUGUGGGACCUGAGGCCAACUCCAUGCUGGCUGCAAGGCUGGCUGCUUGGCUUUUGGGUGUCAUCCUUCCCUCCCUGACUGCAGCCUCCUGGAUCAGGUGGGGCUGUUCUCCCAGCAGGAGCUGUUGUGCCUCUGGGGUCAGGAAAGCAGUGACACAACCACCCCGGGGCUCAGAUACUGCUUUCACUCCCUGUCUCUGAGGUGCUGUGUCUCUGUCCAGGGCAGCUGCUCCUGCUCACGUGCCUGGGGCUGCUGCCCUUCCCUCCAGCCCUCAGCCCCAGCAGGAGCUGCUCCUGCCCUUGGCCUGUCUGCUGAGCAAAAGCCUUUGGAAUGCCCCAUGUGGAGAAUCCUGUCUGCCAGCACCUUCUGCAGCAGCCCUGGGGCAGUGCUGGUGCUGUCCAGGCAGGCUGCUGGCACCGGAGCCGUGCUCUGGCGAAGGUGGCACCAGCUGGCUCUGCCCCAGGGAGCUGUGGGGGCUUUUGCUGUGCAGGUGCUGCGACCCCGCUGGCGAUGCGAGGGCCAAGCCCUGCUGGAGAGCUGGCUGAAGGGCUGCUCCAGCCUCAUCCCCUGCAGGCUCUGCUAAUAAAGGAGUGGAUUUGGA